AUGAAACACCGAACCUGCCCUUUGCUCAUCCCCGUCACUUCAAUCCCGUCCACCAAUCUCAACCUCCUUCUCCAAGGUAUAUUUGUCUGUGAUCUCGUACUGUACUCGCAAUCGUUCAGCUCACCGCGACUCCCCCUCCAUGCCGCCGGCCAAACAUCGCCAAAAGCUCCCGAAGCCUCCCCCGGCUAUCCUAUCCGUGCUCACCGCUCUCCGAAACCUGGUCGAGGAUCCUCUCUGGUCCUCCCCUAA